AGAGAGAGAGAAAGAGAUUGCAUACAAAUUAAUCCCCGCAUUUGAUCGAGGCAAUAAGAGGCCACUGAGGAAACAUUUAAGACUAAAAGACAGGAAUAGAAGAAGACUACAUAGGUAGCUACAAAAGAAGUUAAGAAAUUAAGAUGGGUCACCAUUCUUGCUGUAACCAACAGAAGGUUAAGAGAGGCCUUUGGUCUCCCGAGGAAGACGAGAAGCUCAUCAGAUACAUUACCACUCACGGCUAUGGUUGCUGGAGUGAAGUUCCAGAGAAAGCUGGGCUUCAAAGGUGUGGGAAGAGUUGUCGUUUGAGAUGGAUUAAUUAUUUGAGGCCUGAUAUUAGAAGAGGAAGGUUUACACCUGAAGAGGAGAAGUUAAUUAUAAGUCUUCACGGGGUUGUUGGCAACAGAUGGGCGCACAUUGCAAGCCACUUACCAGGUAGAACUGACAAUGAAAUAAAGAACUAUUGGAAUUCUUGGAUCAAAAAGAAAAUUAGAAAGCCUUCGGUGACUUCAUCAAUCACCACUACACAGAGUGUGGAUCACCACCCUCAGUUCAAUUAUAGUUCCAACCAACUAGAUCACUUUGGCAACCAAGACAACGUAACAACAAAACCAGCGGUGCAAGAAACCAUAUUUUCCUCGACGUGCCCUCUAUUUAUGUUUGACACUAGUUCGUUAGACCACGGGACAACAACAGUAGACACCAGCAAUGUUCGAGCAGAACUGUUCCAAGAUUCAUUGGGUUUGAGCAGCGAAACGUGGAACUUGAGCCACCACCAAGUCCAUCAAGCUCUUCCUCCUCAACCAGCACCGGCAGCAGCAACUUUUACAGCAGCUACAGUGAUUGAUAGUACGAAUUAUCUGCCACCAUUGAUAGAGAAUGUGGAAAACAUGGUGCCAAACAUGGAAGUGCAGGGUUGUAGUAUAGACGAGGAAGGAGAAAUGGCACUGGAGUGUUUGCGGAGACAAGAGUUGAAUGAGUGGGUGGAGAAUCAACAACACUGUCCCAGUUUUCUUUUCUGGGACAGCGUUGAAGGACAACUUGGGGGGGAAGAACUAGCACCAAACACGUCAAAUAUUGGAACCAAUACACUUUCACCUUUUCCUUCAUCUUUAUGACUGAGAUCGAGGACUGUCCCCACUGCUCUUUUUCUCAUGUCCCUUCUAACCAGGAAGAGCUUUCAGAAAUGGUCCAGGCCAGCCUGAAACUUAUGCAGAGAUUGCUUUUCUUCUUUUCAUUUUUUUUUCCAACCUCGCUUUCGAUUGUUGAUUGGAAAAAGAUUGCGAAAAAACGAGUGAAGAUAAUAUUAUUCUAUAUAUAUAUAUAAAUAUAGCAAAGAGUGUUUAUUGAGUGUUUGACAUGGAAGAGGAUACUAAUAAAGGCGAUUGGCAGCAGCAGGAAAGUUUGAUUUUGAAGAUAUGGAAAAAUAUUGAAUUUGUUAUUAAUUUGACUGUACAUUUGGUGUUUUUUGAAUGAGAAUAUACAAUAAUGGAUUUGCCUUUUAAUUUUGAGUGUCUUGUUUUUUUAAUGUAACGACCAACUCACUGUCCUCUCUGUCUUACCUUACCACGCAUGCACGUCCCAAAAAAUUUUCAUUCUG